CAUUUCCUAUCCCUGAGCUAAGCACCACCCACGGCACCGGCACAGGGCACUGGGGCUAGUCAAGCAGGGGCUAAACCAAGUGGGGUGCAGGUGAGAUCCUGGCGGGGCAGGGGUCAGGUGCUUCACUGAUUGGCUAGAACAGGUUCCAGGUGGGACCUGAGGGUGCCCUCCCCACCUCCCCAAGGUGGAGUGCAGACCCGGGCAAAGGAAAACCAGGAGAGGGGGCAGUGAGUCCCUCGCCAUUCCAGCAUGGAGCUGCGGCCCUACCAGUGGGAGGUGAUCAUGCCUGCCCUGGAGGGCAAGAAUAUCAUCAUAUGGCUGCCCACGGGCGCUGGGAAGACCCGGGCGGCUGCUUAUGUGGCCAAGAGGCAUCUGGAGACUGUGGACAGAGCCAAGGUGGUUGUACUGGUCAACAGGGUGCACCUGGUGACCCAGCAUGCUGAGGAGUUUGGCCGCAUGCUGGAUGGACGCUGGACCAUGGCAACCCUGAGCGGGGACAUGGGGCCACGUGCAGGCUUUGGUUACCUGGCUCGCCAAAACGACUUGCUCAUCUGCACAGCUAAGCUUCUGCAGAUGGCGCUGACCAGUCCUGAGGAGGAUGAGCACGUGGAGCUCACAGCCUUCUCCCUGAUCGUGGUGGAUGAGUGUCACCACACGCACAAGGACACCACCUACAACAUCAUCCUGAGUCAGUACCUAGAGCACAAACUGCGGAGGACACGGCCCCUGCCCCAGGUGCUGGGUCUCACAGCAUCCCCGGGCACCGGCAGGGCCACCAAGCUUGACGGGGCUGUUGACCACAUCCUACAGCUCUGUGCCAACUUGGACACAUGGCGCAUCAUGUCACCACAGAACUGCCAGCCUCAGCUGUGGGAGCACAACCAACAGCCCUGCAAACAGUACGACCUCUGCCACAGGCGCAGCCAGGACCCGUUUGGGGAUUUGCUGAAGGAGCUCAUGGACCAAAUCCACGACCACAUGGAGAUGCCGGAGUUGAGCCGGGACUUUGGGACACAGGUGUAUGAGCAGCGGGUGGUGGAGCUGAGCCAAGCUGCGGCUGAGGCCGGGCUCCAGGAGCGGCGGGUGUACGCAAUUCACCUGCGGCGCUACAACGACGCGCUGCUCAUCCACGACACAGUCCGUGCGGUGGACGCCCUGACUAUGCUCCAGGAUUUCUACGACAAGGAGCGCGCCACUAAAGUCCAGAUCCUGCGUGCCGAGCGCUGGCUGCUGGAACUGUUUGAGGGCCACAGGAAUGCACUGACCCGCUUGGCAAUUACUGGCCCAGAGAACCCCAAACUGGAGAUGCUGGAACAAAUCCUGAGGAAUCAGUUCGGGAGCCCCAACAGCCCAAGCAGCCCUCGGGGCAUCAUCUUCACCCGCACCCGCCUGAGCACUCAUUCGCUCCUGCUCUGGCUCCAAGAGCAGCCCAGCCUGCAGGCGGCCGUCAGGGCUCAAGUGCUCACUGGUGCUGGGAGCAGCAGCCAGAACACCCACAUGACCCAGAGAGACCAGCAAGAAGUGAUCCGGAAGUUCCGGGUUGGUACCCUAAACCUCUUGGUGGCCACAAGUGUGGCGGAAGAGGGCCUGGACAUCCCCCAGUGCAACGUGGUGGUGCGCUAUGGGCUCCUGACCAACGAAAUCUCCAUGGUGCAGGCAAGGGGCCGUGCCCGGGCCAGUCAGAGCGUGUACUCGUUUGUGGCCACUGAGGGCAGCCGGGAGCUGCGGCGGGAGCUGACCAAUGAGGCGCUGGAGAGACUGAUGGAGCAGGCAAUAGCCGUGGUGCAGAAGAUGGACCAGGCUGAGUACCAGGCCAAGAUCCGGGACCUGCAGCAGGCAGCCCUGGUCAAGCGGGCACUUCAGUCGGCCCAGCAGGAGAGUCAGCGGCAGCAGUUCCCCGCCGACCGCGUGCAGCUCCUCUGCAUCAACUGCACGGUGGCCGUGGGCUACGGCAGCGACCUGCGGAAGGUGGAGGACGCCCACCACGUCAACGUGAACCCCAACUUCUCGAUCUACUACACUGUCUCCCAAGAACCUCUGGUCAUCAACAGAACCUUCAAGGACUGGAGGCCUGGGGGGGCCAUUAGCUGCAGCAACUGUGGGGAGGCCUGGGGUAUGCAGAUGAUCUACAAGUCAGUAAAACUGCCAGCGCUCAAAGUCCGCAGCCUGCUGAUGGAGACCCCGAACGGGCGGAUUCAAGCCAAAAAGUGGUCCCGUGUGCCCUUCCCCGUGCCUGACUUCAACUUCGUGCAGCACUGUGCCCAGAACCCCACCAACCUCUCCGGGGACUGACCACCUUGUCACUGCAGUGCCCAGCUCAGACUGCAGGGGGCAGGAGAGUCUGCAGCAGCCAUCCUCUUCCCCUGGGCAAAGCCUGGGUCCAAGCCACUCGGUCCUCAUCCUCAGUGGUCAGCUCUGGGCACACUGCUGACCAGCCACAGAGGAACUCCAGGUGCCUGGGUCAGCGGGGCAGGGCAGGGCUCCUGCCAUCAGAAAGCAACUAGAGUCACAGCUCAGCCCCAGACCCACCUCACGUGCACAGACACUUUCAUAGGCACCGGGUGGAGUGGGGGGAAAACAGAGGCAGAUUUGCCAUAUCGUACUAGGAAUCACAACAUCCCUGCUCUGUCAAGGCCACUUCUGGUUUUUGAGACACUUAAUUGAAGCAGGCUGGACUCCAUCUUGGAGGAGUGCUUCCAUUAUAAACCGUUAGAUUCCUAUGACUAGAAACUUGCCUUUUCUUUUGUCUAAGAGUAAACAGUGAUUAGCACCCCUGUGGUCCUUAAAGCCCACUCUAGUUGGCUUAAGAUAAGGUCCAGUUACCAGAGCUUGCCCUGAGCCAUGAAGACCAUAAAGAUUCCAUGGUAUACCCAUCGGAAUGAUUAACCUGCUUAUUUUUGUUUCUGUAAGGGCUUCCGCUUUUACAUUGUUAAACCCUACCCCCUACCCUUUUUUUUUUCUGGAAGCCCACUGCACCUUACCCCCUUGUCGUGUCAUCCCAGACAUGACUGUGCAUUUUUGGCCUAUAUAGGCUCCUUUCUCCUUUCACUUGGGGUUGUGGGGUUUUGACAGACAUGAGCUCCCAUGCUGCCAACUAAAUCAAUAAACUCUAAUUUGACAAUG